AUGUCGGACGCCCAAGUGAGCAAGACUGCGCCACAGCCCGACAAGGGUCCCAUCGAACACGAAACCGCCGGUGGCGAUGUCGAAUUUGGUAGUUGCGCGGUCAAGGAUAUACGAAAUGUCGACGAGGCUUUGGAGUUUACCGGAAACGGUGCAGAGGAGAUCCACUACUCUGAAGAGGAAGAGCGAGCCGUUUUGCGCAAGAUUGACUGGAAUAUCAUACCCCUGCUUUGCUGGGUGUACAUGAUCCAGUUUGCAGACAAGACCUCGCUCAACUACGCCUCGUUGAUGGGAAUCCGUGAGGAUGCAAACCUCGACCCCAAUUCGCAGCAAUUCCCCACAACGUAUCUUCUCCGCCGCUUGCCGCUCGGAAAAUACACAUCCGUCAACAUCUUCCUGUGGGGCGCCAUCCUCACCUGCCACGCCGCAGCGCACAGCUACUCUGCCCUGAUGGCCGUGCGCUUCUUCCUCGGCGCCUUCGAAGCGACCAUCACGCCGGCCUUCGUCCUCUUCACGUCCAUCUGGUACAAGAAGAACGAGCAAGCCCAACGCAUCGGCUACUGGCUCAGCUGCAACGGCAUCGCGCUCCUCAUCAUGGGGCCCAUCGCCUACGGCCUGUCCGGCGUCAAGAACGCCGCCCUCCCCGCCUGGGAGAUCCUCUUCCUCAUGCUCGGCCUGCUGACGGUCGUCACCGGCGCCGUCGCCUUCUUCCUCAUGCCGGACAACCAGACGAACGCGGCCUUCCUGUCGCUGCGCGAGAAGCGCAUCGCCGUCGACCGCAUCCGCGGCAACCACCAGGGCAUCGGCAACCGCGUGUGGAAGUGGGACCAGUUCCGCGAGGCGCUGCGCGACGUGCGCACGUGGCUGUACGUGCUGUUCUCGCUGCUGAUGAACAUCCCCAACGGCGGCAUCACGACGUUCGGCUCCAUCGUCAUCAAGUCGUUCGGCGUCGACGACCGCAUGGCGCUGCUGCUGAACAUGCCGACCGGCGUCGUCGACAUCUCGGCGAAGCUCCUCUUCCCCUGGAUCUCCGACAGGCUGCUGGAUCGCUCGCUGCCGGCGUUCGUCGCGAUCCUGAUUCCGAUGGUCGGCGGGAUAAUGAUGAUUGUGAUUCCGCUGACGCACAAGGCGGCGCUGCUGGUGGGGUACUACUUCAUCGGCGCAGCGGGCGCGUCGUGGUGUUUGGUUAUGGCGAUGAUCUCGACGAAUACGCUCGGCUUUACCAAGAAGGCGACUGUCAACGGCCUGCAGAUCCUGGCGUAUGCUGCUGGUAACUGGAUUGGGCCGCAGACGUUCAGGUCGAAUGAUGCGCCUGACUACUACUACGGGAAGCUGAUGGUGGCUAUCAUGUAUGGCUUGGCUGCCAUCACGCUGCUCAUCAUUCGCUUCGUGAAUGUUAUGGAGAAUCGGAGGAGAGACAAGGCUGCUGCUGAGCUGGAUAUGGAUGCUUCGGAUGAAGCUGACAAUGAGUUUGCCGAUCUGACCGACUUCCAGCAGAAGAACUUCCGCUACGUCAUCUAA